CUUCUAUUUUCUGUCCGUCUGUAUUAUGCUUCUUCUGUCCAAGUGAGAACGGUGUGAACUGAACUGAAAGCCUGAUCAAGAUGGCGAUGUUGGGUACGACCGUGCGAUUGUUGGCUCGAGGAAGCGUUUGGGGCCCAUCCUCCGGCUUAAAGGCCGCUAGCCGGAGGUUGCUCUGCCCUGUAUCCCGUCCAUUCUCGUCCACGCCCACUCGAUUAAGUGAUCCCGAAGGUUGGGUUUACCGUGGAAUACGACAAGGCCACUAUGAAGCCAAAAUCCACGACAAGAUGGCCAUAGUCGUGAGCGCCAUCGUAUGGGCGUGGCUCACUUAUAACUCGUUGGUUAAUUACGAAAUGGUCUUGGGCCAUCACGCCUAUCCGGACCGGAAAGCCAUGACUAACGCUCAAUUGGGCGUUCCUGAAGACGAGUGA